CCCCAGGACUCGGCAGACCCGGGGCUCCACCCACCCGAGCGCGGCCCCUCUGCCGCAGACCCCAGCCCGGGGCUCCCUGCGAGGCUCCGAGACUCACCCCUUUCCGUGCUUCUUUAUUCUCAUUUCUGGAGGACUUGGUUGGAGUGGCAUUUGUUGUCGUCUUUGUUCUGAAUUAGGAGUAAUUCGGAAUCAGGGCGCUCUGGAAGGAAGGGCACCCGUGGCUCCCGAAGCGCGGGGGUUUGCUGGCGUUUGCUGGGCGCUGCCGGCUGCUGGAGAGGAAGGCUUGGGAGAUGGAUGAAGCCGUCCCCUGGUUCAGAGGAAGGUGCAGCCCGGCGGACCCAAGCAAGCCCUGGAGCCCUGGCGGUGAUGCCCGCAGGAUUCCCGCCCGGGGGUCUCACAAUGGGGCGGCUAGCCAGGCCUCUGGACUUCGGUAGACCUCGAUCCGAAUUCCCGUGGGGGCUGGUUUUUUCAAGUGGCAGCAAAAUUAGUUUUGGAUACACCUGCCCUUGAGAAGCUUGUGCUCUGGCUGGGGAACCAAGAGACAAGGGAAACAGCCGAACGGAACCCGGAGUGCAUAGGGCUUGAACGUGUGACUGGGAGAUCAAGAGUCGCCUGUUCUACUGACUGAGCCAGCCAGGCACCCCCAUAGCCGUCCUCUGAAGACGUGACUUUGCCCCUUGGAGUUUUGACUGUUGGCCUGAAGACUCCAGCUUCCUCCUGAACACCCAGAACCGGCAGAGGGAAGGUCAGAGAAAACCAAGGCCGCCAUGGCUGCUGUUGACAGCUUCUACCUCUUGUAUAGGGAGAUCGCCAGGUCCUGCAAUUGCUACAUGGAAGCUCUGGCCUUGGUCGGAGCCUGGUACACGGCUAGGAAAAGCAUCACGGUCAUCUGUGAUUUCUACAGUCUGGUCAGACUGCAUUUCAUCCCGCGCCUGGUGAGCAGAGCAGAUCUGAUCAAGCAGUACGGAAGAUGGGCAGUCGUGAGUGGUGCGACCGAUGGGAUCGGAAGAGCCUAUGCAGAGGAGCUGGCAAGCCGGGGCCUCAACAUUGUCCUGAUCAGCCGCAGCCGAGAGGAGCUGCAGACGGUGGCGAAAGACAUAGCCGACACCCACAGCGUGGAAACCGAGGCCAUAGUUGCGGACUUCAGCAGCGGCCGCGACAUCUACGACCCAAUUCGAGAAGCUCUGAAAGACAAAGACAUCGGCAUCUUGGUGAAUAACGUAGGCGUGUUUUAUCCCUACCCCCAGUAUUUUACUCAGGUCUCCGAGGACAAACUCUGGGACAUCAUCAAUGUGAACAUUGCUGCGGCUAGUUUGAUGGUCCAUAUAGUGCUACCAGGGAUGGUGGAGAGAAAGAAGGGUGCUGUUGUCACCAUCUCUUCCGGCUCCUGCUGCAAGCCGACGCCCCAGCUGGCUGCUUAUUCUGCUUCUAAGGCUUAUUUAGACCACUUCAGCAGAGCCCUGCAGUAUGAGUACGCUUCUAAAGGCAUCUUUGUACAGAGUCUCAUCCCCUUCUACGUGGCAACCAACGUGACCACACCUGGCAGCUUUCUGCACAAGUGCCCGUGGCUGGCGCCUUCGCCCAAAGUGUACGCGCACCAUGCCGUUUCUACCCUUGGCAUCUCGAAAAGGACCCCAGGAUACUGGUCCCAUUCUAUCCAGUUUCUUUUUGCACAGUAUAUGCCUGAAUGGCUCUGGGUGUGGGGAGCAAAUGUUCUCAAUCGUUCUUUACGUAAGGAGGCCUUAUCCUGCCAAGCGUGAAACUGCCUGAUGGUUUGGGAAUUUUCGCCACCUCCUGGGAACCUGCAGUGUUCUGAUGUUUGGAAGAACACACUUAAUUUGUCUUCAGUAUUUUCUUCUAUCACUGGUUAUGUAGCAUACUGUGGACUCAUCAUUUGCAAAGCACACAUAAUACUUUUAGAGAACGCUGUGGAAAAACCACGAGGGCCACAUCACGUGGAUGGCACAGGGCACACAGUGACUGAGGCACAAGAACGUUAUCGAGGGAACCUAAAUUGUGAUGCUUUUUUUUUUUCCUCUACACUCUCUCCAAGCCGUGUGAUUUAUGUUGUUCUAGGAGCUACAGCAAUCUGUUACUGAAAUAUAUAGGACUUGUUAGCUCUCGAACUUUCAAAUGUUGUUUAUGGGAAAUUAUUUCUGUAGAUGAAUUCCACUAUUGUUUUUUGAAUGUUCAUCAGGAAAGAGUAUUUAAAAGUGUUAUUUUAUAAGUAAGAUUGCUAAUUAGUAGUAAUUAGCAGUAGAAAUCCACGUGUGUCCUAUUGUAUAGCUCUGUUUGACUCUGUGUAUGAAAAUGCUGCUCUUCAAGCGAUAUUCCACUAGAGAACUGUGUGUGUGUAUGUUCUGUACAUCUGGGCAAGUUCAUUUAUGGGGCAGUUAUUGUAAAAAAGAUGUCUUGCUAAGGUGGCUUAAUGUGGAACCUUACGGGGUCUUGAAAUUCUAGCUUAUUCCUCUUCAUACUAAACAUGCCUACCUGAUUUUGGGCUAUAAGUUUGCCGUGUGUAAUAUUAUACAUUCUGUUGGUUGUUGUUUUUUUUAAUCUCCUGUGGAAUUAAUUCAUCCUUAGAAUCGAACCUACGAUGGUCGACCCUUGGUCAUCUCUUGAUUUAUAAUUGUUGUGGUUAAGUGGUGAUUUCUCAGCCUGUGACCCAUUUUAUAACUGAAAUUUAGCCCUUCAGAGCUUGUUAUAUCUGGUUUUCAUACACUUUUCUAUGUAAUAUUCUCUUAUAGUAGCGUUAUGGGAGUAAACAUCAGUUACUUAGGGAAUAGUGGUUAAAAUAUGGACUAAUGAUGUGUGUGAUAUGAUGUAUGUGUUAAAAUAAGUUAGAAACGCAUUCUUGGUUUGUGUAACAAAUCUACGCAUUACAGUGAAUGCUUUUGUUGGUGUGAAGAUCAUUGUGUGCAACCCUCCCACGAUAGGGGUUAGCUUUGAUACCUACUGUGAAAUAAAUGUUUUUGGCUCAGA